GAGACGGACACCUGCUGCGUACGUAGCCUAUACACAAGCGAAACAGUUAAAGAAUCGAGUUUGGUUUAAUAGGUGGUGAUUAUAGAGCUUGUUUAACUUUAUUCGAGUCGCAGUCAUAAACGAGAACAGCUAGGACAGGUAGACAGGAAGUGAAGAAUGGCUCAGGUGCGUUUCACAGCCUCCAUCGUUGGUUUUCUCUGUUGUCUGUCUAUUCUAAACGCGUGUGAGUGGGACCCAGACACGGACGUCGAGCAGGGUCUAGAUUUUAGCUCAUUUGAUAACGGCGCGGCUUACCUGGCUUACCUGCCGGACAUCUCGGACAAAGAGCAGUGCCAGAAUGCUUGCUGUGAGAGUGAAGACUGCCAGAUCGCUCUGAUCGGGACUCCUGCGGACGGCAGUCCAGAAUGCCGCCUGGUCAGCUGUUUGAAAGACGGCAAAGACGUGUGUGUUUUGACCCAGAGCACACAGUUCAAGGUGUACCGCAAGAUCCGGGAUACCGCUGAUCAAAAACUCCAAAGCGAGGCUGAUGUUCGCUCUGUAAACACAGAUCUCUGCCAUCUCCCAAGUGCAGUGGGAAAAUGCCGCGCUGCUUUCCCACGAUUCUAUUAUGAUGUCACCAAUCAGACCUGCAAGCAGUUUAUCUAUGGCGGCUGUGAUGGCAAUGAUAAUAACUUUAAUACCCAGGAGGAAUGUGAGGCAUCCUGUAGUGGGGUGACAGGUUCUGUUCUUACGGACUCCCAUUCUAUCGCUCAACGCAGCAGAAUGUCCAUACCUGAGAACAACAAUGAUGUUGAACCCAAGGCUCUUCCAGAGAUGACAUCAGAGGAAUUCCAAGACAAGUGUCUGGCUGACGCUCAGACCGGACGCUGCAGAGCCUCCAUUAGACGCUAUCACUACAACAAUGGCACCUGUCAACCUUUCACCUAUGGAGGCUGCGGUGGGAACCAGAACAAUUAUGAAACUGAGGAAACAUGCAUGACGACCUGCACAGUGAGGCUCAUUCCCAGCAACCAGAAGGCAGCUGUCGUUCCCUCUACUCCUAUCCCUAACAGCAUCCCCAGCUUUGAAGAAGCCUGUGCUCUGCCAUCUGAGUCCGGCCCAUGCCGUGCAAGCUUCCCUGUGUUUUACUUUGAGGCCAGCACUCAGUCUUGUAAGCCCUUCAUCUAUGGAGGCUGCCAGGGAAACCUAAACCGUUAUGGUAGUGAGGAAGAGUGCAUGUCAGCUUGCCACGGGAGGAUGGAUGAACAUGGACAUCUCAAACGUGACCGCUGGACUCCAGCCUUCUUCCUAGUGGCCACCCUGGCCAUCAUGUCUGCCCUACUUCUGGUAGGUUUGAUCCUGAUCGCAGUGCGCAGAAACUCCAACAGGAGGUUCAUCAUGUUGGAUGACAAGGAGGAGUUACUGCCUACAGAGGAGCAGGUGUCUUAUGAGAAGCUACCCAAAGUGGUUUCCAACUAAAGCCGGAUGCCUUUCAGUGUCUGGUACAAACUUCCAUCUCAU